AUAUGCAGUCACGCUAAAAGAUAGCGAUAGUAAUCAGACAAUGUCCGUGUGUUUAUAACGACAAAAAAUCUAUACACUACAAAAACACUUUUUUUUCCAGAUAUUUCAAAACCUUCUCUCAAUCUUUUUCAAAUUUUGAAAGCCAGAGGAGAAAAAAACAAAAAAUGGAAAGAGUAACGCCUGCUCGGAACCCCCACAGCUCCACCGCCGACUUGCUCACCUGGUCGGAAUCUCCUCAAUCCGCCUCCUCCCCUCGUUCCGCCUCUCGCCCUCAACAGGGAGCUGAUGGGAUUGGUAAGGUUUUGUUUGGAGGACAGAUCACGGAGGAAGAAGCUGAAAGCCUUAACAAAAGGAAGCCUUGUUCUGGUUACAAAAUGAAGGAAAUGACUGGCAGCAAAAUAUUCGGUGCUGAGGCUGAAGGUGAAGCAUCAGAAUCAGGAAAUGGUCAUAUAUCUUCCAUGGAUAGAACUUCAGUGCGAAUAGUUCAGCAAGCUGCAAAAGGCAUCAGCCAAAUCUCCUUCAGCACUGAGGAAAGGAUUUCUCCAAAGAAGCCUACUACUAUUCCUGAAGUUGCAAAGCAGCGAGAGUUAAGUGGAACCUUGGAAAGUGAAGCUGAUGCUAAGAUGAAGAAGCAAAUCUCUAAUGCAAAGUCCAAGGAACUAAGUGGAAACGAUAUAUUUGGUCCUCCUCCUGAAGUUCCCCCUCGAUCAUAUGCUGCUGCUCGUUCUAUUGAACCAAAAGAAAGCAAAGACAUAGAAGAACCUGCCCCCCGAAUGAUACGUACAUCUGUAAGGGUUUCUAAUCCUGCUGGUGGCCAAAGCAAUAUAAUGUUUGGUGAAGAACCAGUUGUCAAGACCUCCAAGAAAAUACACAAUCAAAAAUUUGCUGAGUUGACUGGGAAUGACAUUUUCAAGGGAGAUGUACCUUCUGGAUCUGCUGAGAAGUCACUUAGCAAGGCUAAGCUGAAGGAAAUGAGUGGCAGUAAUAUUUUUGCAGAUGGCAAGGUUGAAGCGAGAGAUCACUUGGGUGGUGUCCGCAAACCGCCUGGUGGAGAGAGCACCAUUGCUUUAAUCUAACUGAUGACGAGCAGCUAGAAGUUAUUAAUCCUUAAAGCCAAUAACUCUACGUUCCAGAAACUUAUGUUGUAGUUCAACUUUUGAAUGUACAAAUUAUGUUGUAGUUCAGCUUUCGGAUGUGCAUUCAUAGUUGACAAGAACUUGGAGCCUAGUUUUUAGUUGCAGGAUGUGUUGAACUACUAUGGAUUAAGAGAUAGGCGUAGUUUAUGAUACUUCAUUUGAUUCUAUCAUUUGAAGAAUCAUCUCUAACGAGUUAGUUUUAUGAUACUUCGUUUUGAAGAAUCACUGGAACUUUUCAUGUUUAGGAUCGAGACAUCUUAUAUCACUGCUCGAGUUUCUGCUUUUCUUUUACCGCUGCUCUGAAUUAAGUUUAUUACAAU